GCGCUUUCAUAAAAAGUCUUUGGCCAACUUUCUUGGGCUUCAUUCGCGCUCCAUUCGCGCGCUCGUCACCACAUCGUCGUCACCAUGAAAUCGGUUCUCUGUGCGCUUUUUGUCACGCUGCUGAUCAACCUGGGCCAGGGACUGCCCACCACCACCAGUAGUGGUCAUGUGAAGGAGGACUCAUCCUCCUUUGCUGGAAGAGUCUCGCAGCUGAUUGCCCUGCAGCUGCUAAAGUUCAACAAGGACAUUGAUGCCAAUCAAGUGCAUUCGCCACUGGGUGUUGCCUCCAUUUUGGCCGUCCUUGCUGAGGCCUCCGAAGGUGACACCUACUCCGAGUUCCAGCAGGUCUUUGGUUAUCCCAAGGAUCGGGAUCAGCUGAGGGAUACCUACAAGCGAAUCUUGGGCAGCUACCAGAACAGAGAUGCUGCCGUGGCCCUGCCCUCGUUCCAAACCUGGCUGUACAUCUAUAGGAAUCACAGUGCCCGCGAGGAAUUCAAGGAUCUGCUGCAGCAGCACUACUAUGUGGAUGUGAAGGACAUUAACCGGCAGGAAUAUGAUUGGAAUGAGCCCAACACAUCCCUGCAGCUACCAGAGGGCAGUGCGGAAUCCUCCGAUGGCAGCACUGAGCCCAGCAACAGCAAGGAUGUUAUAGGCUUCGAGACCCUCAAGAGGAUCAACCUGGAUGAAGAGGACACGCCGGCUGUGCCGCUAAACGAUGGCUAUGGCCAGGAAAUUGUCGACAAAGAAGCCUCCAAGUUUGAUCGCGACAUCGAUGACAAGCAGUAUGUGGAAAAACCAGUUGCCCAGGCUGAGGCCGAGCAGCUCCAAAGAGAACAGCAGCAGCAGCAAGCGGAGACCACCGAAUCGAAUCUAGAAUUGGAAUCCCAGCCCGAGGCCACGACAAUCAUAAUCAAUAGUUUGGUGGAAAAACAGGAAAAACCUGACAUGGCUGCCGAGGAAAAUCCAGUGGAGAAGCAGCAGAACAAGCGCAGUGACCAGGAGGAGAGCCAAAUCAAGAACCUGGAGGAGAACGAGACGGUGCAGGAGGAGGAGAAGCUGGCCAAGAUCAUGGCGGCGCCAGCAGUGACCGCCAGUGAACCCGAAAAGGUGCGUCUGCCCCUCCAGAAACUGGAGAGUGCGGUCAAGGCGGUGACCAAGGAUGGGGGAGCCGAUGAAAUAAUGCUGGCUUUAGAGUCCCAUCUUUCUGCUGUUAGUCGGGUCUAUGGUGCCCGUAGCCUGUUCCGCAAGGAUGACAUCACCUCGGCUCUGAGUGCCAAUUCCAUCACUGGACGCUCGGUGGGCUCCAAGUCCAAGAUGCUGCUCUUCAAUGGGCUAUAUUACCGCGGAAGCUGGGCGAAACCCUUCUACCAGUUGAGAGACGGCAGCGAUGAGUUCUUCUUUAUGACCAAUGAAGAUGCCAUGAAGGCUCCGAUGAUGCACGCCCGCGGCAAAUUCCAAGUUGCUGAGCUCCCGCAACUAAAGGCCAAGGUCCUAAGUCUACCCUAUGAGACUUCCCGCUACUCCUUGUGCAUUGUGCUGCCGGAUGAGACUGAGGGACUCAGUGAGGUGAUUGGACAGUUGCAAACCAGUGACUUCCUGCUGCCCCACAAGCUAUUCCAGGAGAAGGAGCUGCAUGUUUCGCUGCCCAAAUUCCAGGUGGAGGAGACCUCUCGCUCCGAGGCUAUGCUCAAGCAAAUGGGUCUGAAUAAGGUCUUCUCGCGAACCGAGGCCCAGUUGGGUCUGCUGUCCGAGGACCCAGAUGUCCAUGUGGAUGAGAUUGUGCAGUUUGUGAAUGUGCGAGUGGAUGAGGGAGGCAGCAGUGCCAACUCCCUGUCCGCUGCCACCAUGCAGGCUCGCUCUCCAUCGACGGCGGAGGAUGCGGAAUCCACCAUACUGCCCGUUCCAGAGCCCGAGCCAGAGCAACCUGGCGUGGAACGCUUUGAAAUUAAUCGACCAUUCGCCUAUUUUAUCGUAGACUGUGAGGAGCAAUUUGUGCUGGCCUCAGGCAAGAUUUACACUCCAGAGUUCAAGGAGGAUCUGCCAUCGUCGGGCGUCUCCGUUGAGGUGGAGCUGGAGCAGUCGUAG